ACAACCAGUUUCGUUGUUUCUUUUGGUUCAUCACCAUUUCAUUCAAUUGCUCUAGUUAUUGUUUGUUACUGCAACAAUCAAUUUAGUAGCUCACAAAACUAUCAGCCAUUAAAACAACCCAAAAUUACAAGAAGAAGAAGCGCAAGCUAUAUUCAUAUCUAGAGACAUGGAAAUCAGCAGUAUUUUAUACUCCAUGCUUUGCAUGCUUGCUUUUGUUGUUUUCUUCCUCUUUCUCAUCCAUUCCCUCAUCGCCAAGCUCUUCUUCACUCCCAGUAGCCCCAAACUCCCACUUCCACCUGGUUCCUUAGGUUGGCCCUAUGUUGGAGAGACCUUCCAACUCUACUCUCAAAACCCAAAUGUCUUCUUUGCCUCAAAACAAAAGAGGUUUGGCUCUAUCUUCAAAACCCACAUCUUGGGUUGUCCCUGUGUCAUGAUUUCAAGCCCAGAAGCUGCAAAAUUUGUGCUUGUAACUCGAUCCCAUCUGUUCAAGCCAACCUUCCCAGCAAGCAAAGAGAGGAUGUUGGGGAAACAAGCCAUCUUUUUUCACCAAGGAGAUUACCAUGCCAAAUUGAGGAAGCUUGUCCUCCGUGCCUUCAUGCCUGAAGCCAUCAGGAGCAUAGUCCCUGACAUUGAAUCCAUAGCCAAAGCCUCUCUUCAGUCCUGGGAAGGCCGCUUGGUCAACACCUUCCAAGAAAUGAAAACGUUCACAUUCAAUGUUGCACUCCUUUCUAUUUUGGGAAAGGAUGAAAUUCUGUACAGAGAGGAUCUAAAGAGGUGCUACUACAUUCUUGAGAAGGGUUACAAUUCAAUGCCAAUUAAUCUUCCAGGCACACUCUUUCACAAAUCAAUGAAAGCCAGGAAGGAGCUUGCUCAGAUCUUGGCUAAAAUUAUCUCCACAAGGAGGCAGAGGAAGCAGGUGGAGGACCAUAAGGACCUUCUUGGAUCAUUUAUGGGUGACAAAGAAGGCCUCACAGACCAACAGAUUGCUGACAACGUCAUCGGUGUCAUUUUCGCUGCUCGUGAUACAACGGCCAGCGUUUUGACUUGGAUUGUCAAGUACCUUGGCGAAAACCCAAGUGUUCUUCAAGCUGUCACUGAAGAGCAAGAGGCCAUAAUGAGGACAAAAGAAGAAGAGGAGGGUGAUGAUGAAGGGAACCAGAAGGCUCUGAGUUGGGCAGAUACCAAGAAGAUGCCAAUGACUUCAAGGGUUAUUCAGGAGACACUUAGAGUUGCUUCCAUCUUAUCUUUUACUUUCAGGGAAGCUGUGGAAGAUGUUGAAUAUGAAGGUUAUCUUAUACCAAAAGGGUGGAAAGUUUUACCACUUUUCAGAAACAUUCACCACAGCCCAGAAAUCUUUCCUGAACCUGAGAAGUUUGAUCCCUCAAGAUUUGAGGUUGCUCCAAAGCCCAACACAUAUAUGCCAUUUGGCAGCGGGACCCACUCAUGUCCUGGGAAUGAAUUAGCCAAGCUGGAGAUUUUGGUCUUUUUACACCAUCUAACAACAAAGUACAGGUGGUCUAUGGUUGGUGCACAAAAUGGCAUCCAGUAUGGCCCCUUUGCUCUUCCCCAAAAUGGUCUGCCCAUCAGAUUAUCUCCUAAAACAUAAGCCCAUAACACUCCAGACACUUCCUUUUCCAUUGCAAUUUUCAAGAGAAUUGGUUUCUUUCUAGUUUCUUAAAGAAAUGAAGAAAUAUUGAUGAGAGCUAGCCACAAACCUUUGGCAUAAGGAAAGCUACCCAAAGUCCAUUUCUUUUUGGCCAAGAGAAAAGAUGAUACCCAAAAAGUAUUAAGAAAGUUGAAGAUAGGAACACAUGCUGCUGCAACAGAGGAAGCCAAAGUGUACAGAGAACAGAGGCUUCAUACCAAAACAUGAUAUGCAAACCAUGUCAUGUUUUCUCCUUUUUUGUUCUUUUUUGGCAAGAGAUCAUGAAGAGGAAAACUCCUCACCGAAUGUGAUAAUUGUAUCUGAGCAGGUAGGAAGGAUGAACUAAUUGUAUUUAACUAAUUUUAAAAUAUUUUUCUUCUUUCUUAAAUAAAUGUAAAGAGCCGCAAGGCAGGAUGAAGAUGCAAUUCAAUGAAUGAAACUGAAUUUGGUUC